GGGUGCGUGCGGGGAAGAGGGCGGGAGAGGACGUUCCUGAUUGUAUCCCACUAGACACAAGUUACACCUAGUUUCAUAGAAUUUAAAGCAACAGCGUGAGUAGAGCUUUAGGUGGCGGUGUAAGUCUUUGUACGAAGACGGGAGGGAAGUGAGGUCAUAGGCAAUUUGUGAAAUGUGUGACUUGGAAGAUGAUGACGUUCCCCAGCUUUCUUUCCACGCCUUAGCAGCUCUACAGGAAUUUUAUGCUGAGCAGAAGCAGCACAACGACCCAGGUGGAGAUGACAAAUACAGCAUUGGAAGGAUAGAAGAGAACUGGCAGUUGAGCCAGUUUUGGUACAGUCAGGAAACGGCUCUGAAGCUCGCCAAGGAAGCGAUUGCAGCUGCUGGAGAAGGUGGAAGGAUAGCCUGUGUGAGCACCCCCAGCGUGUAUCAGAAACUGAGAGAGCUACACAGAGAAGGCCUGGAUGUGUACGUCUUUGAGUAUGACAGAAGAUUUGCCAUUUAUGGAGAGGAGUUUGUCUUCUAUGAUUACAAUAAUCCACUGGACUUCCCUGAAAACAUUGCUGCUCAUAGUUUUGACAUUGUCGUAGUGGAUCCCCCCUAUCUUUCUGAGGAAUGUCUUAGAAAAACCUCACAAACUGUCAAGUAUCUGACCCGGGACAAGAUUCUGUUGUGCACAGGGGCUGUCAUGGAAGAAGACGCGAUGAGACUUCUUGGAGUGAAGAUGUGCAGGUUUACUCCAGAGCACACCCGGAAUGUGGCCAAUGAGUUUCGCUGUUACGCAAAUUAUGAUUCUGGGCUGGACCAUGAUGUGUAAAUGCAGGAAAUGACUGUGUAUCACAUUCCCUUCAUUUUUUCUCAGUAGUUUGUGAAGCUGUGCUGUCCUCCCCUCCUUCAUACUGGGCUUUCCCUGGUCUCCCGCGUGAGGACAUAGUGCCCCACUGGGAGUUCCUUACUCAGGGCAUCUCGGAUCUCAGGAUCCUUUCCAACUUGAAUUUGGAAUUGCAGUUGGAAGAAAUCUUUGAACCCAUUUAAGCUACUCUCCUUACUUACAGAGGUAAAAACAGAAGUGCAAACAGCUUAGUGGCUUGGCUAAUACCCAAAUUGGACAGAACUUUGGCUUCCACCUUGGGCACUACAUCCCCUUAAAAAAUGGGCUCAUUCUGAGUCUGUGCGUGGACUGCUGAUUCUUGCAGCUGUCCAGGAGGACCGCUGGACUCAUGAGGAGCCCCUCUAUCCCAGCCCCUCAAGGAGGCAAGACUUUCCUUAGGAACAAAUGUCCUAGAGCCUCCUGGAUCUUUCCUUCUCUUUCAGUUCUUGGAGGGAGGACAGGGACACAGCCCAGGUGACCUCCAUCCAGCUCAGCCCAGCAUCCUACCUAGGGCCACAGCUAAUACUGCAGGUCACCUGAGAAAAUGCAGGUGCUAUCUGCAUACCAAACACAAGCAAACAGGAUGGGGGCAGAGGUGCAGACUUAAUUAUUGUUCAAAAAGCACAGAAUACUCCUUAGCAAUUCAAAUGAAUGAAUUGUUGAUACUUGCAACUUGGAAAGGUUUCAAGGGCAUUGUCAAGGGUAGUGUGGUGAGUGAAGAAGCCAGCCCCAAAAGUCCCAUUGCAUUUCCAUUCGUGAGGGAACGCUGUGCCCACACAGGUCAGUGGUUGGCAGAGGCUAGGAUGCGGUGGGGAGGGGUGGGAGUGGGUCUUGUGGUGCUGGGCCUGUUCUGAAUCUUGAUCGUG